AUGUUCCACUCCUUUGACAGCCGCCGCAGCCCCGAGGGUUCGGCCGUGAGCUCACCGACAACUUCACGCAAGGUCAACCGCUCAUGUCAGGAAUGCACGAGACGCAAGGUCAAGUGCGAUGGUGGACAUCCUUGUGCGAGUUGUCAGUACUACAAGGUUGCAGAUUCAUGCGAGUACAGGCAGCGUAGCAGACGACAUGCUGUGAGCAGGAGGAUCAUCAAGGCUGACGAUUACCCCAGUACUCUCGAAAAGACCUCAGAGCAGCUCCGCGCCCAGUCUAGCGUGCUGCAGAAACUCUUCCCUGAUGUUGAUGUGAACGAUCUAGUAGGCAAGAGUCGAGCAGAGUUGCUCGCUUUGUUGCCGCGAGAAUCUCUCUUUGUUUUGCGCUCCUCGGUUCCGCAAGCCGACCCUUCACCAGCUGGUGUCUCAGCAGCCGAUGAGGAUGACGAUGAUGACGGCCACGAUGAUUCGGCACAAAAUUCUGAAAAUGGAGAUGCUGCAAACGAGAGACGAUGGGAUGAGCCAGCCCAGCAGCCGGCGGCCCUUGGCUCUAGCGACGAUAUCAACGCCAUCAGUCUAGCAACAGACCAGCAUCGCCGCUCCUAUCUCGGCGUCACAUCCAUGAGUGCCGUUCUCAGGGUGAUAUUUCGUCUCUGUCCAGCUGCCAAAGAGCACACAGCUCAGAGGGCAAAGGCCUGGAACGAUGUCCAUUAUCAGUCUCAGCUGCUUCCGUCACUCUCUCUUGUCAGCCCCGGCGCGGGCAUGAACCCUCUGCGGGAACAGCGCUGUAUCGACUUUUACUUUGAUCACAUCCACCCAGUAACACCGAUUCUCAAUGAAGAUGACUUUAGACGCAACCUUGCGUCAGGAACUCGUCUUGAUGGCUCUUGGCUGGCCCUACUCAACAUGGUCUACACUCUGGGCUCCAUCGCCUCCGGCAGUGACUCCCUCCACGUUCAGUACUAUAAACAGGCACGCGCUUACCUCGAUCUCGAUUCCCUGGGCUCUGGUAACAUGGAGAGUCUACAAGCUCUCUGCCUUCUUGGGGGCUACUACUUGCACUACCGAAACUCGCCCAACAUGGCGUAUGCUGUUCUCGGUGCAGCUCACCGCGUCGCAAUAGCCCUAGGAUUGCAUCGAGAACCCGCACGCAGUCGUGCCGAGAACGUCACGGAGCACAGUAAUUACCUCUCACGCGCCGAAACGCGUAGAAGAACCUGGUGGAGUCUUUUCUGCCUCGAUACGUGGGCGAGCAUGACCCUCGGCCGCCCUACGUGUGGCCGAUGGGACAGCAGUACCAUGGACACGCUCUUACCCACGCCAUUGUUUCCCGAUGACCACGUAGCAGCAUCGUUACGAGCAAGCUGUCUGUUCUGCCACAUCUGUGACAGGAUUCAGCAUCGUUUUGCGCAACCCGCGCGCUUAUCCGCCCGCGAGGCCAUGGCUUUCGACCGAGAGCUGGUAGAGUGGCACGACUGUCUUCCCGACUUCCUCAAGAACCCAGCAAAUUCUCCACCUCGUCUAACGGAAGCUCGCGAAUUCAUGCGGAACCGCUACCUCAACGUCCGACUCAUCCUUACGCGAAGCUUCUUACUCUACCUAGCCCACGAUUAUUCCCUCAGACGCGGCGCCAACGCCAUCUCGACUGUCCCUGGGCCUACCCCUGACGAGCUAGCCCUCGUUGAAACCUGCCGCUCCGUCGCCAUGGAGGCCAUCGACGCCAUUACACUCUACUGGACACCUAACCGCAUCCACGUUUGGAACUCGGCAUGGUACCUUUUCCAAGCAUGCAUGGUUCCAAUCCUCUCCAUCGCCAUUGACACACAUGUGCGUAACUCGGUUCAUAAGCAGCAGCAGCAGGAACAAUCACAAUAUCCACCGCCACCAUCCACAGUCCCCUCGCAAACACCACAUCUGGGAAUACUACAGAUGCCAACAGCAGCGACAAUCAACUCCCCCGAGCACAACAUCUUCCUACCCUCUUGGUGCGCAAGCCUCACAAAAGCCCUCGAGCUCUUCAACGAUAUGCGCUCCUGGAUGCGCGACUCGGAUCGCACCCCCGAUAUUGUCGGCGCCCUAUACGAGGCCGUUACCACCGACCUCGAAGGCUCCGGCGCCGGCUCCGCCAUUCGUACGCCCUCGACGGAAAACAGUAUAGACAUGUCCAUGUGGUGCGACGAGCAGCUGGUGGAGAUGGACUGGAGUGCAUUCCUGGGCGGUGGUGAUGGUGAUGGCAGUGGCGGCGUUGACGGGAUGCAUAACAACAACAUGUUUGUUUUCACGUGA